AACUAAUUUCUUGAUAAACAUAAAUAGAUAAAGUUUAUCUUAUAUUUUGAAUUGGAGGGAGUAUCAUUGAUAUCUUCGACUGCUUGUGAAGAAUCACAUUCUACUUCCACUUUCUUAAAUUCUAGUUGCUGCCAUAAUUUGAGUCCCUCAUCUAUUCCCCACGUCUUAGUUUCCAGUGUGUUGUAGUUUUCCAAUUUAACAGAGUAUCCAUGUAGCCAUUCUCCAUAAUCACCCCUUAUAACUCCCUUGCAUCUUGCCUAAUCUCUAUAAGAGCUCCAUCUAUCAGUGUUCAAUUUACACCAAUCUUUUUCUAGAGGUUGCCAGCUGAUCAUUCUUACUUCCUCUGUUUCCUCUGGUCUUGUAAUUCUAUCAGCUUUGUUCUUAUAAUUCCUCAGGUACUAUGUGAUUGCUUUAGCUGCAUUGUAAGGGUGAGUGUACUGCUCAUCAUGCAUUUGUAAAUUUCGCAUCUCUAAAUCAACCAGCACCCCAUAGCAAUUCUCUUUGGCCAGUCAUAGUCUUCGACUUUUUUCUUGCGAUUGCUGUUCCUUUUCAACCAUGUUCGCCCAUUGACAUGGAAGAAGAGUCGAUCAUGUUUAUGCCACUCCAACAUCCUCCAGGCGUAUUUUACUUGAGGGUAGUCUUGUGAUGCAUGCAUCCAUUCCUCUCAAGCACUGUGACACAGUUCACACAUAUCAAAAUUACUGUUCCACUUGCUUGUAACUGCUUUAGUAGGUAGCCUCUGAUUGAAUGAUAGCCAUAUGAAAACUUUGACGUGCUUCGAUAUUUUCCAUAUUCAUUUCCAGGGACUAAGUGGGUUUGUAUCUCUUUUAUCCUUCAGCCAUGCAUAAGCACUUGUUGUAGUGAAAGUGCUGUCGUUUGUUAACUUCCAUAUAGGUCUGAACUCUUUUUCCUGUAUCUUCUACUCCAGUUUUGACUGGAAUUGCUUUCUCAUUUUUGCUAGUUCUUUCCAUAGCCUGGAGUCCCCUUGUUUGGUUGCAAACUCGCUUCCUUCAACCUCUUGCCUACCAUAUUUGCUGUGAAGCACACGAACCCAUAGCUCAUUUGGUUGUUCGUGAAUCCUCUAGAGCAGUUUAAGGAGGAAUGCUUCAUUCAUUGUUGAUAGUGUUUUGAUGCCUAGUCCAUCUGUUUUUGGUUUGCAAACUGAUUUCUAAGCUAUUGGGUGCCACUUCCUUUUUCCCUCUUGUUCAUCUCACAAGAAUUGUCUUUGCGCUUUUUCUAAUUCCUCAAUCACCCUUUUUGGAAUAUGAUCACGUUGGAUGGGGUAGAGUGCCAUCAAUGAAGUCACUAAGUUAAUGUCAUUCUUCCUGUUAAUGACAAGCUAGAUGCUUUCCAUCCUUUUAAUUGUCUUUGUACCUUGGCCACAAUUGUUUUGUACCUAUCCUUGUGUUUUCGAGGAAAUGAAAUUUCGACACCCAAGUACUUUCUCAACUCAUCAACCUAUCUAAACUUACUCCGACUACUAUAAUUUUCCUAGUUUGCAAACUCACAUUUUUGGAAAAAUAAAUGAGUUUUCUCUUUACUCACUUUAUGCCUAGAGAUCUCUCUAAAUACCUACAAACACUAAGCAAUUAUAUCAAUUUGGUCAGGGUUAGCUUUCGUAAAUAAAACUAGAUCAUCUACAAACAUUAUGUGAGAAAUGAUUGGGCCUUUUCGACUCUAGCUCUCACACCUUUCUAUUUUCUCUCACUCACUCUAUCAUGUAUUAAAUGUGAGUUUCUCCCUGCCAAGCUCAAGAAGAUGGGGGAGAUAGGGUUUUUUUGCCUAAGCCCUGUCGAUGAGUUCAAUUCCUCUAGUUUUUCUCCAUGCCCGAGUAUUUUAGUGGAAGAAGUGUGAAUACAUUCCAUGAUUCUUCUAACGAUAUGAUCAGGAUAGUCAAACUCCUUUAAUACUUUUUCCAUGAAUCCCGAAUUUAUUCUAUCAUAGGCUUUUUCUAGAUCUACUUUGAUUGCCAUAAAGCCUUUCUUUUCCAUCUUCUACCACAUUGAAUGUAUCAUUUCAUUCACAAUAAUGAUGUUAUCAUUAAUGUUCCUUUCUGGCACAAAGCUCACUUGAAAAGGUGAUGCAAUCUUGCUCGUGAUAUUCUUCAAUCAUUUUACAAUGAUUUUGGAGAUAUAUUUGUACGUGAUGUUGCACUAGGGGAUCAGUGUGAGUUGGUUGACUUUUUUCAAGGUAAUCAACUUUGGGAAUAAGAGAUAUGAGGGUUGUAUUGACCUUUCUUAAGUUCUUAGUAUUAUUCUACAUGUUCUUCACCUCUUGACACACACUAUUUCCUACUAUCUCCCAGUUUUUUGGGAAGAAAAUCGCUAGAUAACCAUCAGCUUCUCGAGUCUUUAAUCUUCCUGUUGAAAACAUUGCUUGUUUUAUCUCGACAUCAGUAACAGCUUCAAAGAUUCCUUGCCAUUCAUCCCUCAAAACUUGCAGUCAAGAGUGGUGUGUUUGUAUCCAAGGCUUGUUCUGGUUAUCUUCUUGAAAUAAAUUCUUGAUGAAACCAUUCACCACCUUACCCACUUCUACUUUACCUUCUACCUAAUUAUUUGCUUCAUCUUUCAACAUCGUUACUUUACUUUUCCUUCUCUUGAUGUUGGUUUUAGUGUGAUAGAAAGAAGUGUUCUUGUCCCUCUCAUUAAGCCAUCUUGUUCUAGCCUUUUGAAACCAAAGAAUUUCUUCUCUUUCUAGUACUUCAUUAAAUUCUUUUUUGAGCUGUAAUUCUAGAGCUUCUAGAUGUUCAUUCGGCUUUCUUUGCAUUGCUUUUUGAAUACCUGGUAUUCUUCUUAGUAAUUCUCUUUUCCUCUUACCAACAUGCCCAAAGACAUUUUCAUUCCAAUUUUGCAGCUUUGGGAUUAGAGAGGACAAUGCUUGCCAUAUUUCUCCUAAGCUAGACUAGCAUGCUUGCAAAAAUUGAUUGAAACUAGAGUGUUUUAACCAGGCUGCUUCAAACCUAAAAGGCCUUUUUUCUCUAUUGCCUUGUUCAUCUGUUAGAUAGAUCAAGAGUGGAUGAUGGUCCAAUUGUAUCCAGGGUCUAACUUUUACAAAAGCUCCAUUAAAUCUUCUUCUCCCUUCACUGUUGCAUAAAGCUCUAUCAAGCUUCUUGUAUAUAGGGCUAGCAUGCUUGAUAAUAGGGCCUCUCCAUGUGUACCUUGGCCCCUCAUAUCCUAUAUCAAUCAGAUCACAACAAUUAAUAUGUUCACAGAAUCUCUGGCAUUUUCUAUCAUUUAUUCCCACACCACCAUGUUGUUCUUUGUGAUUUUGUAUGUCAUUGAAGUCUCCUGCCAACAUCCAAGACUUAGAAAUUCUUUUAGCAAGAUCUUCUAGUUUCUCCGACAUCACUUGUCUCUCUUGUUUUGUUGGGCUCGUGUAGAUGGCAAUAAAAAGCCAUUUCUCUCUUCCUAAACCUGAUUGCUCUUCAAUCAUUUUGAUCUUUAUGCCAUCAUCUUUCCAUAAAAUCCAAAUACUCCUAGACAUGCCAUUAGCUUCUACUUAUAGUUGAUUUUUAAAAUACAGCCUUUUAAUGACUCUCUGCUCAGUAAUUCCACUACACUUUGUUUGUCUACGUUCCUUUAGAGCAAGUCCGAACUCUUUUCCAACUGCUCCUCUAGCAUUCAAAACCAUAGUCGUGGAAAAAAUCACUUCAGAGUAAUAAAAAACACACAUGAUUAAGCACUCCUAUUAGCUCUGUUGAGCUGAUUCUCCUCUUCAACCAUUUUUCACUUCUCCUCCUCUUUCUCCAUGGCCUUGGAAAAGUCUGCCUGCUAUGCUGCUCUAUCUCUUUUUUCUCCAUAUUAUCUUCCUUGGACUCCAAGACUGCAAAUCUCAAGGAGGAGCCAGCUUUAAUGGCCAGCUUGGCAUCUUUUUUUUGGCCAUCGAAUCUGCUUUCCAUCUUUGGCAACAUUUCUUCUUCCCCGUCUUGUUUCUGGCACCAUCGUCUAAUCUCCAUACAUAUUCGCCGGCGAUUUGUCAAAGAUUUAGCAAGGUUAACGGCCCCUUCCGUUUUCUUCUUUUGUUUGUUCGAUUUGGCUUGCAGUGUCUGAUUACUUCUUCAACGGAUAGUGCUCUGUAACAUGGCCAAACUUAUCGUAAGGAAAACAUGUGAGAUGAAGUCCCUCAUAUUCAAUCUUCAACUCAUUCCCAUCUACUUUAUAAGAAGGUAGCAGAGGAGCAUUUAGACCUAUCUCCACACACAUACAGGCAUACAUUGUUCUUGCUCUCAAUGCAAUCAUUUCAUCCACUCUAAUGUCUCUUCCUAUCUUGCUUCCUGAGUUGUAGAAGAAUUUCUUAUCACAAUAAUCUCCUGGAAGACCUGGCAGCCGCACCCGUGCGGCUAUCUUUUGAAUUUUUUCAUUCCACACAUUGAAAUUUCUCUUCCACGUUGCCACUGUUAGGUAGUGAUUAGCUAUGAGCCAUGAUCCUCCUUCAAGUGCAAAGAAGUAAUCCUCUUGAGAUUGGAAAGUUGCUAUCAUGUAACCGUUCCCUAUGUCCGAAAGAUCAACAUUUCCACAUUUUCCCCAUAGACCUUUCUCCUAAGUUGCAUGAACCCAAUUGAACCUCCCAAAAGUUUAAUGAUAAGAGAGUCUUGCCAUUUCUUUUCUAAUCUCCUUCUCUCCUUAUCAGAAGACUCAAGUCUUGGACCCCUUUUUGUAUCAAUAAUAGUAGCUCUUUCAGUGAGCUUUCGGGAGUUUCAACAAAUUUCCAUCUCAUGGUUCUUCCUACUCCCUUUCUUGUUCUCUGUUUCUUUCCCAUUCUGUUUGUGGUUUCAGAGCCUCGCGAUACGAAAUUCUAGGUUGUUGUUUUGGAGAUACUCCAAUCCUCCUCCCUUGCAGCCAGUGAAAUUUCUCCAGUAAAACUUCUUGCUGUUCGUUGCACCUCACCCGUUGCUUCCAUUUCUGUACCAGUUUCCACUUUGGAACCCUAUACCAAGGGUUAAGGUAAGGAUUGCCUAUUUCCCUCUAUCUCAUAGGCGCUUUGAAUCAUUUCAUGUCUAUCUUUGCUCGCAUGAAGAGCACCAAGAGGACGAUCAGGAGGGAGUUUCUGAAGGUUUUGGUCAUUCAUGUUCAAGGAAAAAACUCAGCGGCUCUCUCUAACUUUCUCUAACUUCACUCGAAAUUCUUGCAAUUUUCCUGAACUUGGCAGUGCCACUUCUCCAUGAUCACGUAAACAUUCUGUUAGGCCAAGUCACCAGCUCAAGUUCAUGUCAAUAAACAAAAAGGACAUAGUCGAUUGAAGGAUGAAAUUGUGAGGCUUAAACUAGAGAGGAUUAGAAUGAGAAUUGUGUUAUCUUUUAAGGAUGACAAGGUCUUGAAUUUAUGUUAUGGCAGCUCCUCCCAGCAAGAGCAAUGGUUAUUUGCGUGUUCGGUGUAAUGGUGGCCUAAAUCAGCAGCGAAGUGCGAUCUCUAAUGCCGUUCUUGCUGCACGAAUCAUGAAUGCUACAUUAGUACUACCUGAGUUGGAUACGAAUUCCUAUUGGCAUGAUGACAGCCAGCAAGGUUCUUCCCCUUUGGUGGCAAGCUUCCAUGUUCAAUUUACCUUAAGAGCAUUCAUCUCAUCUUCGGUGGCUCUCCUCCAUUCUGGUUUCUUCAUUACCAACACUUUCAGGCAUCUUUUUGUUACAAAUACUUGCUGCAAAACUUUCAUGACUUGGAGCCAACCUGAUGUGGGAAAUUUUGCAAUGUAUAGUAAUAGAGUGAUCGGGAAUCAACUGGGAUGGGCAGAAAACACAGGAGGCUGUAAAUGGAGGAGAGUUGACUCUCUAAAUAAGGCAACUAGAUACGGUUUUUAUGGUAUCUAUGAUGUCGAGCACUUCAUCAAGACACUGAGGUUUGAUGUUAGAAUUGUUGAAAGCAUUCCAGAAAUUCACAAAAAUGGAAAAAGGAAGAAAAUAAAGGCAUUUCAGCUUCGGCCUCCUAGAGAUGCUCCUAUAAGUUGGUAUACUGGUAUUGCUUUAGCAAAAAUGAAGGAACAUGGCGCCAUCUAUCUUACUCCCUUUUCACAUCGCUUAGCUGAGGAAAUUGACAAUCCUGAGUACCAGCGAUUGAGAUGUAGGGUUAACUAUCAUGCGUUAAGGUUCAAGCCACAUAUCAUGAAACUGAGUCAAUCAAUCGUUGAUAAGCUACGGGCACAAGGCCACUUCAUCUCCAUACAUCUUAGGUUUGAGAUGGAUAUGUUGGCGUUUGCUGGAUGCUUUGACAUAUUUACUCCGGAGGAGCAAAAGAUUUUAAGAAAGUAUCGAGAAGAAAAUUUUGCACCUAAACAAUUGAUCUAUAGUGAAAGAAGGGCAAUUGGGAAAUGCCCAUUGACUCCUGAGGAGGGAAAAAACCUUCUUGUUGUGGGUCAAAGGUAUUUAACUUCGAAUACAAGGAUAUAUCUUGCAGCUGGGGAGCUAUUUGGUGGGGAUCGAUUCAUGAAGCCAUUCCGAAGUUUGUUUCCACGACUUGAGAAUCAUAGUUCUAUGGAGCCCUCAGAAGAGCUUGUGGAGAACACAAGAGGGUUGGCUGGUUCUGCAGUGGAUUACAUGGUCUGUCUUCUUUCUGACAUUUUCAUGCCAACAUAUGAUGGUCCAAGCAACUUUGCGAACAACCUCCUUGGACAUCGCCUUUACUACAGCUUUCGGACCAUAAUAAGGCCUGAUAGAAAAGCUCUUGCUCCAAUAUUCAUUGAUAGGGAGGCUGGGCGCACAGCAGGUUUUGGGGAAGCUGUAAGGAAAAUCAUGCUCAAAACUAGUUUUGGUGAACCUCACAAGCGUGUUCCACCAGAGUCUUUUUAUACAAAUUCUUGGCCUGAAUGCUUCUGCCAAGCAUCUGCAAAGAAUCCUGUAGACAGAUGCCCCCCAAAUGAUAUUUUAGAAAUCCUCAACAGCCAGUUGGAGCAAGAAACAACAGGCCACUCAAAUUCAACACUAUCUUCGGCAUACAUGUAGAAGUUGUUGCUAGCUUUGUGCUGAUGAUUCUUUGCCCCCAAAAUGGAAAGAAAUUAUUUCCUAUUUAUUAUAUUCAAAUUUUUAUGUGAUAUAUUUGUUUGAGAACUAAGGUCCCAUCUGGCAUGAAUCAUUGAAAAUAAGAGGCAGGAUUAGGAUUGCAAUUGAAAAAAAUGACUAAAAAGUAUUUAGCAUGAAUGAUUGUUUAUUACAUGGAAUUAGGCAAAAUCAUAAAGGUGGGAUUGGGAAAUGCCAUUUUCUUCUAUAGUAUUUCCUAAUCCCACAUACAUGGGAUUGUUUAUUUCUAUGUAAGAAAUAAUCUAUUGUGUUAAACUCUCUUUUAAUAGAUUUUUUUAGUUCUAAUCUCAA